CCCGAAGCCAAACGGCUCAUCGUUAAUAUACAGUCAAAAGAAAAAGAAACUAGAUAGUCUAGCCUCGAGUCUAACAAGCACUAUAUUGACGGUUGACCCGUAGCGAUCAAGAAUGGACACAUGAGGAACCACCUGCGAUCUGUCAUUUACGCUGUGACAUACUUGGAAAGCAUCAAGGCUAAAAUUAAGCAGCCAUCAAAAUCCCACAAUAAGUUAUAUGAAAUCUUGCUUCGCGCAACAUUAUGAAGACGAAGAAAAAGUGUACACGCCAAAGACACUUUGCGAUGAGUCACAGAAAUGCGCUUGAAAUUUAAUACGUUUCAAAAGUUGUGAAUACAUCGAUGCGCGGUUUGAAGAAAGUAAACAUGGGAAUCAAAAGAUUUCUGGCAAGCAAUCGCGCAUUUUGUAGCAGAAUUAUAAUAUUUGCUCUUGGAUCUUUGACUGGAUUUCAUGUAUCAAAUUGGCUGCAAAUUUCAUUUGAUUAUCGCACGGCAGUAAAUCGGUGUGUGACAAUCAAACGGAUUGUGUUUGACGAAGACGCAAUGUUUGAGCGGCCACGUCAGCUAGCUGAUGAAUUUACUACCAAACAGUUGAUAUAUAUCGGUGUUAUGACUGCGCAAAAGUUUCUAGACACAAGAGCAACAGUUGUUUAUAAUUCUUGGGGUAAAAACGUUCCAGGUAGAGUGACAUUUUUUGCUGGGAAUGAAACCAAUAGCAGUACAACGCCGAGUUCCCUACCUGUUGUAGCCCUAAAGGAUGUAGACGAUAGUUAUCCACCUCAACGCAAAUCAUUCAUGAUGCUUAAACACAUGUAUGAUAACUUUAUCGACGACUAUGAUUGGUUCAUGCGAUGUGACGACGAUGUGUACGUGCGAACAAAUAAGUUAGAAAAAAUGUUGCGUGGUUUUGACAGCUCGAUGGAUUUAUACAUUGGACAAGCAGGUCAAGGUUUGCCAAGGGAACGAGGACGCCUGGGCCUUGGGCCUAGUGAUAAUUUCUGUAUGGGUGGACCAGGAAUGGUGAUGAGUAAGAGUUUGUUGAAAAAACUGGGUCCGCAUUUGGAGUAUUGCUUGAAGAACAUGUUGUCGAAUCAUGAAGAUGUCGAAAUUGGCAGAUGCAUUAAAAGACAUGUCGGUGUUUCUUGUACAUGGGCAUUUGAGAUGCAAUGGACAUUUUACCAUAAUCAGAUCAAAACAAACGCAUUCCAUUGGGAUCUGGAAACGAACGCAAUAGAAAACGCUAUCACCUUGCAUCCUAUGAAGAACCCUGCGUACAUGUACCGCAUACACCUGCACUUCUCAAUACAAAAAUUGCUUGAAGUUCAACAUACCACUGCUAUGAAGAUAAACACUUUACAGAAUCUAAAUACGUUACGUGAAAAUGGUUUAGCAAAGAAAAGCAUCGUAAAGGUACGCAGCAAAAGAGAUUUGAAUCAACAUGUGCGUUUAAACAGCACACUGACAUGGGAACUUUUCAGUCCGAAAAAUUUAUACAGCAUCGAAUCCAGCUCAAAAAUGCCAAUUGCGUAUUCGAUCAAAAAAAGCAUUAACUCAGUUUUACGUCAAACAUUGGCUAAAAUAAACCUAGAAGCAAGAAAUGUAAUUCAUCGAGAAUUAGUUCUUUCUAAAAUGAAUCUAGGCUACGUUCGACUAUCACCAACUCAAGGCUUGCAAUACAUAUUCGACUUGCGCAUGGCAACGUAUCAACAUAUUGCCUUCAACAAACGCAAGCUACCUAUAAACGUGCAAUAUCAAGCACAUGUACAAAAUCCCUUUGGUAAUAUGAUCUAUACGUCACUUCCCACAAGCACGAGAGAUCUACCAACAGUGAAUAUAAUUUUGCCACUUGCUGGAAGGCUGGAGGCCUUUACAAGAUAUCUAGCUAAUUUUGAAAGAACGGUUCUUCUUACAAACGAAAAUGUAAAACUUUUAAUCGUAUAUUUUCAUGAGAAAGGAAACCCCACAAAACACAAACAAAUUUUGCAAAGUUAUAUCAACACGUAUCCUCGAUUUGAAGUCAAAUGGAAAACCGUGGACGGAAACUUUUCAAGAGGUCUGGCACUGCAGCUUGGAGUUGCGCAGUUUAGUGAUGACUCGUUGCUAUUCUUUUGUGAUGUCGAUCUCGCUUUUGAUAAGGAAUUCCUACAAAGAUGCCGACUCAACACAGCUCUGGGAAAGCGUGUCUUUUAUCCAAUAGUAUUCAGUCAGUUUAACCAAAACUUGUUAACAAAGAGUAAGCAGGAGGAAAGAUUCAAAAAGAGACAAGAGAAUGAGAUUUUCUACCCCAAUGAUUUUAAAGGGAACAACGGUUUUUGGAGACAGUAUGGUUUUGGCAUAAUGUGCGUCUAUGGUAAAGAUAUGAACACAAUUGGUGGUUUUGACUUAAAAAUCAAAGGCUGGGGAAUGGAAGAUGUUCUCUUAUACAAAAAGUUUUUAACAAUUAGAAAAUAUGACAUUCUUAGAGUACCAGAUCCAGGAUUGCUUCAUAUUUAUCAUCAGUCCAGUUGCUCGCCAGACUUGGAUCCUGUAAAGUUAAAAUCUUGUCAUAAUUCUGCGCUUUCCCAAUUGGCAAGCACUGAAUCUUUGGUAGAUUACAUGAAAAUAAAAAAAUACAUAUAGAAAACAAAUUUUGUCAAUACUAUUUAUUCUGCAAGAUGUUUUUUAAUACAAAUUUUGUAUUUAUAAA